AUGGAAAAUAUCAAAAUAGAGAAUAAGCCUGCCACCGGUUAUGAUAGUGAUUCCAUUCUGAACAACUGGUUCUUCAAAGAACUCCAGAGCAAAUGGGCCUUCGAAAAUAUUGACUUUGAAGAUCCUGAAAUUGAAGAAAUGUAUCAAGAACAUCGAUUCAAAACGAAUCAGGUGAAUUGGAAGUUCAUUAUGUUCGUUCUAAAAAUCGAGUCUUGAGCAGUAUCAAUUUUAUUCCAAUUCCAAGAAGAGCAUAUGCCACUGUAUGAAAGAAUCUCUCCUAUUGGAGGAAUUCUCUUCCUCUUUUUUCUUGAAUACUUAAUUGAAAAGUUCAAGUUUGUCUCAAAGUAUGGAGCAAUCUUAUACAUUGUAAUGCUUGGCCUCAUAAUGACUCAGUCUAACCUCGAGUUCGUCAAAUUUAGACUCCACGAAGGAUUCUUAGUUCAUAUUGCUGUGUCAUUCUUGCUGUCGACUUGUUUGAUAUCAAACUGGAUACUAUCCUCAGCAGCUAUACUGGUGUUGUACAUGAAUUUGUACGUUUGGCUUAGGAUUUAUUUUGGUCCUAUUCCAAUUUUAGCAAUCUACGCUCUCUGUUGUGCAUGUGCUAUUUUUGGGUUCAACGCUUUCUUGAUCUCAAGGAACUUCAAACAGGAGUUCUUGUCGACUCACAGGGCCAAACAAGCUUCUUUCCAACUGAAGAAGAUCUUGGAAGGGCUUCCUGAAGGAGUCACCAUCAUGAACGAGCAAGGGGAUGACUUGAAGUUUAUAAACAAGAAGCUCAAACAGACAUUUGACAUUUCCUCUUUCCUUGAUAUCCAAAGAGAGAAUGAAGAUUUGGUUAAGGUAAAACAGGAAAUAGAUGAAACAAUCAAGAGAAUUUAUAAGAGGUCAGCUGCAGACGACCUGAUACAAGAAGACUCCCAAAUAUUUAUUGACAGUAUCCUGAGCAACUUCGUUGUCAAGACACAAAAGCAGAGAGUUGAAGAAGGUAAAGGAGGUGACCCAGAUGUUCAAGUUGGAGAUUGUGAACACAUUCCUUUGUGAGAUUUUCUCCAGCAAGAAAGAAAACUUUGUCAUAAUGAACCAGACAAUGAGAGAAGUAUCAAAGCAUCCAUUUCUUAUGAGAGGAGACACUUCCAUCAAGAUGCAGAUCACUUGAAGAAAGACUUCGUUAUCAAGACUUCCAAAAUUGAUGUUGUAAAUGGUCUUGACAGAGGUGCAACCUUUCUUCAAAUGUUCAUAGAUACCACCCAAAUUUCUCAACUAGAAGAAGCAAAGGCUCAAAGCAACUAUCAACGACAGAUGCUUUCCAAUGUGUCGCAUGAGUUCAGGACUCCUCUGAAUGCGAUGUCGCUGUCUCUGCACUUGAUGAAAGCUCAUAUCAGCGAAGCUUGGGCUAAAUAUCACCAGAUAGCUUCUUCUUCAUGCGAUAUCCUGAGAGGCCUUGUUGAAGAUAUCUUAGAUUUCUCCAAGAUCGAAGCCGGAGUGUUCGAAAUCCAGGACACAGAGUUCACAUUCAAACAGCUUUUUGAUGAAGUAAAUACAAUCUUUGAGAUGCAGACACGUAUGAAAAGAAUCGGUCUGAAGUUUGAGAUGCAAGAGACUUUCCAGGAACUGAAGGUUAAGACUGAUAAAGACAGACUCAAACAGAUUUUAAUGAACUUGUUAUCAAAUUCACUUAAAUUCACAGACAAUGGGUCUAUCAAAGUCGAGUUGAAGAUCCAAGAACUUCGAGAGAUCAGCCCAAAUCAAAUCAGAGAGAGAAAUAUUUCAGAUGCAUUUGACCAAGAAUUACAAGAAGAAGCACCAGUGUGCCAUCUUCUUCUUGUGACAGACAAAUAUAACUUCUCUCCAAAUUCUUCUAAAUUUGGCAUCCAACUUAGCGAAAAUAUGUAUGAAAAUGUAGGGACUGGAAAGACCAGACAAAAGCAAGUAGAUGAGUCUGCAACUUCUAAGUUCUCGAAAGAACUCAGGGUCGACUUGAUUGUCAUCGACACAGGCAUUGGCAUCCCUAAAAAAGACCUGCCUUCUCUGUUCACCUUGUUCGGCAAGACCAGUUCUAACCACAACAGGAAUAAGACUGGGACUGGACUUGGCCUUACCAUCUGCAAGAGGCUCUGUGAGAAGUUGGGCGGCAAAAUAUGUCUGGAGUCCAAGGAAGGAGUGGGUACCAAGGUGACUUGCUCAUUCAGAUGCCUGUAUUAGCCAUAUUUAAAUACUCUAGAUAAAUUCAGUUAU